AUGAAUGAGGUACAUUUGAUCAAAGUUGCUGAAAAAGUUGGAGCUAGUGAAGCAGCAUUAUUGAAUGUAUUAAAUAUUUCAGCAUUCAGUUAUGGUUUAAUUAUUCGUCAAGGUAAGGUGUCAGCUCAUUUAGUUAUGGAUGGAUUUAAGCGUCUAUUAGCAUUAGCUGCUGAUACCGAUAUCGAAUUUGAGCAAGCUAAAACACUCUCAUUGAAUGCUGAUCGUUCACUGAAUGAAUGGCCCGAACAAUCGCGACGUAUUAUUAAAAUGAGUAUAUUAAUGGAAAGUGUAUUAAUAACAACAAUAUUAUUGGGAAGUUUUUUACCGAAUGCAAUAUUAUCUCGUGAACACAAACAUCAAAAUAUUACUUACAACCGUAAGUUAGAUAAGGGUGAUUCUUUCGAGAGUGUACCACAUUUACAUCGACUUUAUCCGGAUUGUUCGAGAGUAACAGGACUAGUACAACUUGAGCUCCUGAUGACGAAUAUCACGUUUAAAAGAUUCUAAAACAACG